CUAACAUACCCUUCUAGUUCUCUUGCAGCUAUGCAGGGUUUCGCAACACCAGAAGAGAAAAAACAAUGGGUGAAGGCCGAGUGCAAGCUGAAAGACAACGUUUGGCUGAGCACCGAAGACAAACCUUGUUUGCCAAAACACUUUUUCCCACACUAUGCCAAAUUAGUGCACGGGUUAGAUCACAUAAGCAAAAUGGGAAUGUUUGACAUGAUCAAUCAAUAUUGGUUUACAAAAGGAUUUACUUCCUUUGCAGAAAAAUAUUGUCAAUCUUGUAUGAUUUGUGCCACAAAUAAUGUAGGAAGAGGACAACAGGUCCCUUUGGCAGCACAUCCACCACCAAGUCAACCUUUUGAUCAUAUAAUGUUCGAUUUCAUUGAACUGACACCAUGUGAAGGUAAGAAAUUCUGCCUUGUUCUGGUUGAUAUGUUCUCAAAGUGGGUGGAAGUCUUCCCCACAUCUAAGCAAAAUGCUGGGGCUGUUGCAAAGGCAUUGGUGUCUGAGAUCGUCCCAAGAUGGGGAAUACCAAAAAAGAUUAGUAGUGAUAAUGGCACCCCUUUUGCUAAUGAGGCAAUCGAUCAGGUUGGGAAAUUCUUGGGAAUCGACAUACGUAAACAUACCUCCUAUCACCCAGCGUCCGGGGGUAGUGUUGAAAGAGAAAAUGGAAUUUUGAAAAAUAAACUGGCAAAGUGUUGUGAGCAAACAGGUCUGUCUUGGGUCAAAGCACUUCCCAUUGUGUUGAUGUAUAUGAGAAUGAGAAAAAGAGCAAAGUCUAACCUCAGCCCAUUUGAAAUCUUGUUUGGCAGGCCUCCAUCGCUUGGAGUGGGACCAGAACCCCGACCAUUGCCCUCUACUGCUCUGUGUGAAGAUGACAUGUUGAACUAUUGUAAAAAUCUGUCUUCGACUCUCUCUCAGAUCUCUCAACAGGUCAAGGAUGCUCUACCUAAACCAGCAGAAGGAUUUCUGCAUGACAUCAGACCUGGUGAUUUUGUGGUGGUCAAGGAUUUCAGAAGGAAACAUUGGAAAUCGAGGAGGUGGAACGGCCCGUUCCAGGUCCUGCUGAUAACGCACACUGCGAUUAAGGUGGCUGAGAGGGCUACGUGGAUACACGCCAGCCACUGCAAGAAGGUCCCACCACCACCAGAGGGAGACCCAACCCAAUAAACAGUGAUUGACCCGCUGCCCCGUGCCAAGGGGGGCGUCUGACUGACAAAGGUAAACGAACACACAGGGGUGUAUGGGAGCUGAACACGCAGCAACAUCACUGUGUGGGAGUGAUCUGAUGUCAGUACAGGCCAACGGAUGCCGAAAAGAAAAAGGAUUUUUCCCAUCACCAUAGAAGAGCAAGGGCUCUCUGGAUCAAACGCUUCGUGGUGGCACACCAGAUACCCGUUCACCCCGAUUCUAUAUCGCUGCUAUAAGAGGAAAAUAGGAAACGACGUAUGUAAAGUAGUUAGACAAAUAGUUGAACAAGAUAGUGCAGUGUUAGCUGUCAUUACCACAAUUGGCUGGAGAGCAUCACAUUUCUAUGAAGGACAGACUGCUGCGUUCCUGUAUAGUAAACCAAAUAUAAGACCUCAAUUAGAUAGACAAACAGGGCAAAUUUGUUUCUUCCCUACAAAAAUACCAGGUGUCACGUGGCAGUAUCUGACAAGAUGGUAUCCUCUAAAUUGAGAAGGAAGAUAGACAAGUUCAAAAAACUAUACGACUUGUACCCAAACCUCUUGACCCUAAUCAUAAGUAUGACGCUGGUCGUCCUCUCAUUUGCACUAUUCAUCAUGAUAUACAUGGAGAAACAACGUGAACAUCAUGUCACUGAAUGUGACGAUAUGAUCAAUCAAACUCUCCUCCGGCAAGUCAGAGCGGUCAAGACAGGAGAUGAGCAUUGGUUAGAUCACCCGAAUCCGCCACAUCCGUAUGCUAACAAUAUGUGGUGGAGGCUGCUUAACUUCACUGCUAAAACGAAUGACUUGACUGACUGCUACGU